CUGAUCCUCCCACUCAGUUCAGUGCCAGCUAUCUCCGUCUCCUCUUCUUACUGCCCUUUCUCUUCUGUGUGCCAAUUCAUCCGAUCUAUCAUCUCUUUACCCCUCAUCUGUCAGCCAGACGGUCGUAAGCCUCUCUCCGUUCAUCUCUUCUUCCCCUUAGGUCGGACGAAGUCUACACCACGCGUUUUGGUCAAAUUUGGUGGGAGGGAAACAUACAUGAUAAUAAAAUGAGAAGGCAUUUAAAGGAUGUAAUGGUGCAGAUCCACAACACAGAGUGAGGAAGAUAUCUUUCUCUUCUAUCGAACUCUCUAUUGCGGCCAAAGUACGUAGCGGUUAAAAUGGGAAUGAACAUGGGCUUCCUUGUCGGCACUUUUGGUGUUCUCUUUCUCUCCAACGCCGCCUACUCCACAAUCCAGUAUAAGGCUUUGCUUAAGAUCACCGAGGAAGAGUUCUCUGGUGCUCCUUUAGACGUGGUUAUUAAGUUGAUUUUAGGAUUAGUAUUGUGCAUGUGGGCUGCCCUCAUAGUGCCCGGAAAGUUUUUGUCUAUUCAUCCUCAAUCUGAUGAGAACAGGGUUGUUACUCUACCUGGAAAUCUGGAUUUUAUGAUUUUCAAUCACCGUGGGAAGGCAUUUCCUCAGGAAGUAGUUGAUUUGAAGGGAGGCUUCUAGGAAAACUGAGCAUGUUUUGUUCAUUUGGGGAUCCAUUACGGUCUCUAUAAGACAGUUAAUUUGGUCAGAGCAUUAAAUUUCCACAGCAUGAAUAUAUACGUAGUAUUUUAUUUAAGCUUUUAAAAUAUUGUAUUCGCUACAGUACAUUGGUCUGUAGCUUAUACCCUCCUCUGACGCUGGUCGUAUUGUUUUUCUUUGAAAAAUUGUUCUCUUUUUUAAAAAACAGAUCAAUUUUUCUUGUCAUUAGAAAGCCUUUUUUCUUCUUCUGCUUUUAGAUGAGAUAUUUCACACAUGAUACGUAAUUGUUCAAUUUUUCUGAUAAGUGUGGUUUAG